CCAGAGCUUCUCUUCCAUAGUAGGACCCAAUGGAAGUGGCAAGUCCAAUGUGAUAGACUCCAUGCUUUUUGUCUUUGGUUAUCGUGCCAACAAGAUCCGCUCCAAGAAGAUUAGCAUUCUUAUUCACAGUAGUGAGAACCACCCCAACAUCAACAGCUGCUGCGUAGCUGUGCACUUUCAGAAGAUUACAGAUACAGGGCUGGGAGAUGAUGACUAUGAAGUUGUCCCUAACUCCAACUUCGUGGUGUCAAGAACAGCGUUCCGUGACAACAGCUCCUACUACCAGGUGGAUGGGAAGAAAAAGACAUACAAAGAGGUGGCGACACUUUUGAGAGGAAGUGGCAUUGAUUUGGACCACAACAGGUUUCUUAUUCUACAGGGUGAAGUAGAACAGAUAGCAAUGAUGAAACCCAAAGCACUAACAGAGCAUGAUGAAGGGAUGUUAGAGUUUCUGGAAGACAUAGUAGGCAGCAGCCGCUUCAAGGAACCCAUUGACCUUCUCAGCAAGAGGGUGGAAGAGUUAAAUGAACUCAGGGCAGAGAAGUUAAACAGAGUGAAGGCUGUGGAAAAGGACAAGGAUGACCUGCAGGGGGACAGGGACCUAGCAGUACAGUACCUACAGAUGGAGAAUGAUAUCACUAGGCAGAAGAAUGUGGCUUAUCAGCUUUACAUUCUCGAGACCAGUGGCAACAUGGAGAGGGCCCAGGCCAAGUGUGAUGAAGUAGGGGCAGGCCUGAAGCACUAUGAAGAGAGAAUUCAGGCCAUCAGGGACCAGAAUAAAGAGAAAAAAAAUGAGCAUGAGAAACUGUUUAAGCAUUAUGAAGAGCUGUGUAAGAAAUGUGAUGAUUGUAAGAAGAAGUUUGAUGCCCUGGAAACUAAGGAUGUUAAGAACCGAGAGGACCUAAAGCAUGCCAAAGGCAAAGCAAAGAAACUUGGCAAGGCAGAGGAAGCAGAGAGACACAGGCUUGAGGAGCUGAGACAGGUACCAGAGAAGAGCCAACAGGACAUUGAGACCAACAGCAAGUGGCUGGAGAAGCUGGAGGAGGUGAAGGCAGAGGUGGAGGCCAAGAUGGCAGAGAUCCAUGGCAAGGUGAAGGAGGAGACGGCAGGACUUCAAGGGGAGAAGGAGAUCAAGGAGACCGAGCUAAUGGAACUUCAGAAAAAUGUCAAUGAAACCAAGUCAAAGUAUGAGGUGGCCCAGUCAGAGCUGGACAUAUAUCUGAGCAACCAGAAGUCAGAGACCAACAAGCUCAGAGAUAUGGAAAAUGGCCUUGAAACAGCUACCAAAACAAUCAGUGAAAGGAAAGAGUCAGUAAAGCUUCUAGAGAGAAGUAUACCAGAGACAGAGGCAGCACUACAGAAAACAAAGAAGGAUUUGGGGGCUGCAACAGCUUUAGAAAAUCAACUAACAGCUGAGGUCCAGAGACGCCGUCUCAAGGUAGAAGAGGUACGCAGCUCCAUGCAGGCCAGUAGCAGCAAGAGUCGGGUGUUAGCUGCUCUCACUGAAGCCAAAAAACAAGGCAAGAUACCAGGUAUCCGUGGCAGACUGGGGGACCUGGGCGCCAUAGAUGAGAAAUAUGACAUUGCUAUCUCCACAGCCUGUGGUUCCUUAGACAACGUGGUGGUUGACAGCAUCAACACAGCGCAGUGCUGUGUGGAGUUCCUGAAGAAAAACAACAUUGGCAGUGCCACCUUCAUGGGGCUGGACAAGAUGGAGAAAUGGAGAGAACAUGUUAAUAAAAGAAUUAAAACUCCAGAGAAUGUUCCAAGGCUUUUUGAUUUGGUGAGAGUGGGAGAUGACAGCAUCAGGACAGCUUUUUACUUUGCCUUGAGGGACACACUAGUGGCCAGUGACCUGGAGCAAGCCACGCGCAUCGCAUAUGGGAAACAACGCUUUCGUGUGGUUACACUGAAGGGGGAUCUCAUUGACCAGUCAGGCACAAUGAGUGGCGGUGGAGGGCGUGUCAGUAAAGGCAGGAUGGGCUCUGCACUGGUUGCAGACAUAGAGCCAAGACAGCUGCAGGAGAUGGAACGGGAGCUGGAGCAGACCUGUGCUGCGGCUGAAGACAGCCGGGUGACCAGAGACCGACUGGAGGAGUCUGUUUUGCAGAUGGAGAAAGAUCUUAAACAGAUGAAACUGAAUGUUGAGAAAUUCAGGAUGGAAGUGAAGUCCCUGACAGAGCGAGAAGUUAGCCUUAAAGAUCAGAUAAUUGCGCAGAAAGAAAGAGUAAAGGCAGCCGCUCCAGAUGCCAAGCAGCUGAAGGCGAUGGAGACUAGUGUGUCUGCAUAUAAAACAGACUAUGAAAAAGCUGCCUAUUUUGCUUCCAAGGUGGAGAUGGAGGUCCAAAGGUUACAUCAGGAUAUCAUGGAGUAUGGAGGAGAGGAGCUGAAGGCGCUAGACACCAAGCUGAAGAAGGUAAAGGGAGACAUGGACAAGGCAACUGGAGCCAUCACCAAGGCAAAUGUGGCACUGAAAAAUUCAGACAGGAAUAUGAAGAAAUGUGAGGCCAAACUCAAGUCUGUUGAAGAGGAGAUUGAGGAGAACAAACACAGCAUUGCUAACAUGGAGCAGAUGUUUAAGGCCAUAGAAGAGGAGGCCACACAGGUCAUGACACAGUUUGAUGACAUGAAGGCCCAAAGUCAAGAGUGUGAAGAUGGCUUGAAGGUGCUUAAGGCAGAGAGGGAGAAAUUGGAAGAGGAGGAGACGCAAAUAGAGAAGAACUGCAUUGAAAUCAGACAUGAGAUGGAGAAGUAUGAGACUGUUUUAAAGGAGAACAGAGAUAAGAUAAGGCACUGGGAGAAAGCUAAAUCUAAGCUGGCCUUGCAUAAGUUUGAUGAUGGAACAGAGACAGAGGGCAGUCUGGAGGUGAUUCCAGCUGAAGAACUGGCCAAAAUGUCCAAAGAAACCGUAGCUUAUGAAUUGACCAUACUGGAGGAAAAGAUUGUGCAAGUUAAGCCCAAUCUAGCUGCUAUUGCAGAGUACAAAAAAAAGGAAGAACUUUAUCUUCAAAGAGUUGCAGAGUUGGACCAAAUAACAGACCUGCGUGACCAGCAGCGCCAGCAGUACGAGGAGCUCCGUAAGCAGAGGCUUGACGAGUUCAUGUCUGGGUUCAGCAUCAUUACCAGCAAGCUGAAGGAAAUGUACCAGAUGAUUACGCUGGGAGGAGAUGCUGAACUGGAGCUGGUUGACUCUCUGGAUCCUUUCUCCGAGGGCAUUGUAUUUAGUGUGAGACCUCCCAAGAAGUCAUGGAAGAACAUCUCCAACCUGUCUGGUGGUGAGAAGACCCUGAGCUCAUUGGCAUUGGUAUUUGCCCUGCACCACUACAGGCCCACACCUCUGUAUGUCAUGGAUGAAAUAGAUGCAGCUUUGGACUUCAAGAAUGUUUCCAUUGUUGCUAAUUAUAUCAAGGAACGUACCAAAAAUGCACAAUUUAUCAUCAUCUCACUGCGUAACAACAUGUUUGAACUGGCUGAUCGUCUGGUGGGAAUUUAUAAGACCAACAAUGCUACCAAGUCUGUGACAAUCAAUCCAAAGAAACUGUCUCUGCCUCUACAAGAAGUGCAGCAGGAUGCUUAAGUAGGAAAAUGGACGUCAGUUGAAUCAAAAUUGAUGCCAGUAUCAUAGCUGCCCCUCUGGUGUGACAUUGAUAUUGCGUAGAUCUCAUUAUCAACACUAUCUCUCUGGUGUGACAUUGUAUUUGCUAAGAAGGAAGUUGAUAAUGCUUCGUAAAUAGGUUUCUCACUUGUAUUGAAUGUAAUGCAAUGUUACUUAUGCAGAGGAAUUCACACAUUUGUAAAGAAGCAUGGAAAUACUGCAAAUGACAUGUUAAUUUUUUACAUAUUGUCAUUUUCAAGGUGUGACUGAACCUCCAACAAUAACAGAGCUAUAAAAUCACUUACCUUAUUAAUUAGCAAGUGAUCGUUAAAUGAGUACAUAAAAUGUGUUGGAAGAGACUGAAACCUGUGCCACAUACAGUUUUUGAAAGUCUGCCUUGACAGUAUUAUAUAAUUGAUAAGAAUUGGUAAUAUUAUGCACUUAAAUGUUGCAUUAUAUUGUGUAUAAAUUUACAAAAAAAAUUGUAUACUGUCAACAUUUAUGCUUAAGAUAAAAAAAAAACUGCACUUUAUUAUCCUCAAACUUGGUGGGGUGAUUCAUUGUAUGUUAAUGCAGCUGAAUUGAAUUUUUAAGUAGCAGCUCUAUUUGAGUAUAUCUUUUGUUAUGCUUUCUUAUUUUUUCAAACACUGGCGUUUUCAAAAUGUGCCUCUUCACUCCCAUCCACCUGAAGCCCUGGCUAGUAACAUUAUGUUGUGCACUGUCUUCAUUAUUUUUAUAUUGGGAUUUUUUGCAUAUGAAUUUGAACUCUUAUGGGCCUAGCAAGAUUAAAAGUUUGAAUACGUAGCAGCUUUAUUGAAAUAUUUUUUGUACAGAUGUGUCUGUACAUAUAGCCGUCACCUGCGUCUGUUGUCCCCAUCGUCGUCACCGUGCACAUUCACUGAUAAUGAUAAGUGGUAAAUGGUUUAACUUUUUGGCUUCAAACUUACAGAACAUAUGAAUAUUCAUAAAACCAAGUUGAGUUGAAGAAAAACCUAUUUUGGGCAUUGCCUCCAUAGUGACCAUUAAAGGGAAACCAUGUCACUUACUCCUCUCACACUAACAGGAAAACACAGGACUGAAAUAAGGCUUCAGUUGGAAAAUCUCUCAUUAGUAAUUUUCUUGAAGUUUAAUAUACAGUUUUUUGUGAAAAUUUAAUUUUUCAUAUAUUGGCACUUUCAAGGUGUGACUUUGAACUUCAGUUGGCUUGAAUACCUUUGCAAGUCACAUUUUCUGAAUAUUCAUGAUGAUUUUAUUAUGUUAUUAAAAAUUGAUGGUCAUUAUGCUGUUAAGCAUUAUUCCCAUAUGGGGAAUUUUCAAUGUGGGACUUACAACUCGCAGGGGAGUGAAGUGAAGUUGCAAUCAAAUUUUUAAAUGUCCAUGCUAUUAAUAGGAGGUAAUUGUUGGUAAUUAUACAGUUUAUCAUUAUGUAAUAUUGCAUCAAAAUUGACAGCAACAAAAAAAAAAAAA